UUGUUUACAUUGUAGUGCGUCUUGCUCUGCGGUUUCAGUAGCGCGAGGCAGCGCGAGCUGCGUGUGAAUCUGUUCCUGCUAUAUAACUACGAAACAAACCUCUCCAACAAAGUUUUGCCAAUACUUCUGUUAAACAAACUCCACUCCGCGACAUGCAGGAAUCCAAGACGGAUCAAGCAGACAACAGCAUUUCAGCUGGUCAGGAGCAACUGAGCUUGGGUGUGGAGCAAGUGACCAAUGAGACACCAGUAAAAGCAUCUACACCCAACAUACACCAGAUACAACAGGCACUUCAAGUUGCUCAACAACAGCAACAGCAGAGUGGGGAGAAGUCCCAGAAGAGUGUGGAGAAGGAGCCAGAAACCCAGGUGCCGGUAUCGUUGGCCAUGAUAACCCCUCAGGUGAUCACGCCUCAGCAGAUGCAGCAAAUCCUUCAGCAGCAAGUUCUGAACCCUCAACAGCUCCAGGUGCUUUUACAGCAACAACAGGCUCUGAUGUUGCAGCAGCAACAGCUCCAGGAGUUCUACAAGAAGCAGCAGGAUGAACUCCGGCUGCAGCUCCUCCAGCAGCAGCACACUGGAAAACCUAGCAAAGAGCAGCAGAUGCUUGCCCAGCAGAUGGCUGUCCAGCAGCAGCUCCUCUCUCUUCAACAGCAGCAUCUGCAGAGGCAAGGACUGCUGACUCUCCCAGCCACAGCACUCACCUCCCUGCCCCAGAGUCUGAUUCCUGCAGAGCUGCAGCAGCUGUGGAAAGAUGUGACAGAGGUUAGAUCAGAGGAAAAGAGCAGUGGCGACAAGUCACCCUCUUCUUCUAAAGCACCUGGUCUUAACCAGCACCCCAGUACCAAUGGACACCACACGCCUCGGCCAAUCAGGAGAGAGAGUUCACAGGAGGCUCAGAGCAAUCACCCACUCUAUAGCCACGGUGUGUGUAAGUGGCCUGGCUGUGAGGCUGUGUUAGGAGACUUCCAGUCAUUCCUGAAGCAUUUAAACAGCGAGCAUGCGCUGGAUGACAAGAGCACAGCUCAAUGCAGAGUUCAGAUGCAGGUUGUUCAACAGCUUGAACUGCAGCUAGCAAAAGACAAAGAACGUCUCCAGGCCAUGAUGGCCCACCUCCAUGUGAAAUCUACUGAGCCUAAACCAACUCCACAGCCAGUGAAUUUGGUUUCCAACCUCACACUGGCUAAGGCCUCUGCUCCCAAGCCCACUCCCAUGAGCCUUUCCCAGAGUGCUACAGCACCAUCAACACCUCUCACACCACUCCCUCAGACACCCAGUGUCAUCAUCCCCAGCAGCCUGCAUGCCAUGGGUCCUAUUCGCAAACGUUACUCUGACAAAUGCAACCUGGCUAUGGACCAAGACAUUGUGCAGAAUAAGGAGUUCUAUUUGAGCACUGAAGUCAGACCCCCAUUUACAUAUGCAGCAUUGAUAAGGCAGGCAAUAUUUGAGUCCCCAGAAAAGCAGCUAACUCUAAACGAAAUCUACAACUGGUUCACUCGAACCUUUGCAUAUUUCAGACGCAAUGCAGCGACAUGGAAGAAUGCAGUACGGCAUAAUCUCAGUCUCCACAAGUGCUUUGUGAGAGUGGAGAAUGUGAAAGGAGCUGUUUGGACUGUGGAUGAAAUGGAGUUUCAGAAAAGACGACCUCAGAAGAUCACUGGAUCACCUUCUUUGGUGAAGAACAUCCAGUCAAGUCUGGGCCAAAGCCCUGCUCUGUCUGCUCUCCAAGCUGCGAUGGCCGACAGCAGCCUGCCUCUGUACGGUUCGGCCUCUAUCGGAGGCUCCGGCCUCAAGUCUCUGGCCAGCAUGAUGCAUGAAGAACUGAGUGCUCAUGAGCAUGACGACGACUCUCACAGUGACUCCAGCCUUGAUCUGUCUCCUAUGUCUGCUCUACAACAUGCUGGACUAAAAGGGCAGCAGAUGGAGAGGGAGUAUUUGGAAAGCUCCAUGUCUCCAGAGAUGGGAGACGGACACAGCCCUGAUAUUGAUCACGACGCGGAUUAUCCCGAAGAGCACGAGCCACACGCUGCUCAUCCCAUUGCGUUUUCUUGAAGUCCAGCUAUUCCGCAGCCACAUAACCAGCUAAUCAGUGUACCAGCAGACUCAGAGAAUGUCCACAUAUUCCACUUGGGAACAAACUAUUUAUUCGUGGAGCUACCUGUCAUUUCUUUUGUAUGCAGGGGAUUGACCUCAACGGUACUAAAGGGCUCCUCUGUGUCGAGCUCAUAUACAUAACGUUUAGCCCAUAGACUAGCAGACGAUGUUCAGGGCUAUUUAGCAAUUGCUUAUGUGUUUUGAGUCUACAUUUUAAAAUAAGCACUACACACUACCUAGACGCAGAACCUAAUCACUGUAAUCAGGUGAUUUAUGUUAUGAUUAUCACAAGAACUAUUUUUGACACUAGAAGCACCUAGGACCAGGUUUUGUUCAGUUUUACUGUAGUAUGUGUAGGAACUCUGGGAACUUUAAUUCACCCUGCGUAUGAGUCUUCUCACAUCUGAUAAACUGUUUUUAAUCACCACUGCCUCAAAAUGAUGUGGUUAGUCACCAUCUAGAGUCACAUCUGACCUAAAGUAUGUGCCUGCCCAUUAAUUAUAGGUUUGCUCACUGAAAUUGUGAAUGUCUUUUGAACUUUGCUUUCUUUUUUUCAGUCCUAGUACAACCAAAACCAAAGGGGAACAUUUUAUAACCAGCACUUGAUGAAUGUUUUUUUUUUUUUUUUUUUUUGUAAUUAUUAGAUACUGAUUUUUUUUUCCUUCCCAUUUAUUUGUAUAGAAUGUUAUGAUAUUAAAUUACAUCAAAACAUCCCAAAAGAUUAGCCAAAAUGUUCGUUCUGUUGAUGGGGUUACAGUGAUUUAAAGCAAAUGUCUCUGUAUUUGUGUGGAACAGCGUUUCUGGGUCGUCUCUUGGUUGGUGUCAUUCCCCUGUUAUAGGUAUCAACCACAGUUACCAAAGAUUGUAAAUUGCUUUUUAUGAUACAUACUUUGUUUACAUGGUCCCUUUUGAUAUACCCGCAACUGAAAUGUUUGCCUUACAGCUAAAUCGGGACUCGGUGGACUGUGCUGUGUCCUUAACGUUGCAUGGAAUGUGUAAUGUUUAAAUCUGAUUGGACAUAAAGUUUCAAAAAAAGUAUG